AUGAAGUCCCGAGAACAUUUAGAGACACAGGACUCCUCUGUAAUCAAGGACCUAGUCGCCAAAUUAGAGGAUGCGCGAAAGUUGGGCGCUGGUCAAAAAAAGCGAACCUUUACUUGCAAAAAGGCGACCUACACAGUUCACGGCACCCAAAAUGUGACGGUGGACUCAUGGAAAUUCAUGGACUGGGAUUACAAGAGAACCGACCUUCCAUCAUAUGCUCGAGGUCUUUUCACCACGCGACGAAAAGACAACCACCCCGAGAUCGCGGUUCGUGGAUAUGACAAGUUCUUCAACGUGAACGAGGUCAACAAUACUCAAUGGAGGAAUAUUGAGAAUAACACACGUGGUCCAUACGAACUGAGUGUGAAAGAGAAUGGCUGUAUCAUUUUUAUAUCUGGCCUGGAAGACGACAAAUUGCUGGUGUGUAGCAAGCAUUCAACCGGAAAUCGCGCUGAUGUCGAGGUUAGCCAUGCCCUGGCCGGUGAAAAAUGGGUGGAACGGCAUGUUGCAGCUGUUGGGAAAUCUACCAAAGAUCUUGCCCGAGAGCUACGCAGAAGAAAUCUCACAGCAGUAGGAGAGCUGUGUGAUGAUGCCUUCGAAGAGCAUGUUCUGGCUUACGACCCAGCCGCGUCUGGUAUCUAUCUUCAUGGUCUCAACUACAACGUCCCCCAUUUCGCCACAGAGCCUUGUGAUGAGGUGCAUAAAUUCGCUGUUGAAUGGGGUUUCAAAAAAGCCAAAUUCCUGAAAUACGACAGGAUUGAUGAUGUGAAACAAUUCCUGGAGGAAUGUGCCGAGACAGGUACAUGGGAUGGCCGUGAGACAGAAGGUUUUGUGGUUCGAUGCAGGAUGAGCGAGUGUGGCGGACCGGAGCAAGACUGGUUUUUCAAGUACAAGUUCGAAGAGCCUUAUCUCAUGUAUCGCCAGUGGCGUGAAUGCACCAAAGCCGUGAUCUUGGGCAAGCUGCCAAAAAUCAAGAAGCAAGUCCAGAUUACCGAGGAGUAUCUCCAGUUCGCGCGAAGGCAGUUCAUGAGAGAGCCUGGCAAAGCAAAGCUCUACAACCAUAAUCAUGGAAUUAUUGAACUUCGCGAAGCCUUCCUGAAGGAGCGAGGCCUGAAGGGAUCGGAAAUUAUUGCAUUAGAGGCUGAAAAAGGUGGAAAAGGCAAAGAGACAGAACGUGACGUUAUCCUUGUUCCUAUUGCCUCCCUGGGCUGUGGAAAAACCACAAUUGCCUUGGCCUUGGUGCAUCUCUUUGGCUGGGGUCAUAUUCAAAACGAUAAUAUCCCCAAGCAGAAGAACAAGCCGAAAAAGUUUGCAUUCGAGAUUACCCAGGAAAUGGCUAUUGCGCCCGCUGUGAUUGCAGACCGCAAUACUCACCAACGUCGCGAGCGAAAGCAGUUGUUCGAGGAUAUUUACCCCGUCGUCCCAGCUGCGCAGUUUGUUGCUCUCCAUUAUGUUCACGAACCUAAGGACCAAUUGCUUCCAGGUAUCAAAGAAGUCACCCGGAAACGAGUUCUGGAACGCGGUGAUAAUCACCAGACUAUUCGCGCUGGCACAAAGAAUCCCGAAGAGACAAUUGGGAUCAUGGAUGGAUUCUUGUACCGAUUUGAAGGAAUUGACACCACCAGAGAUCCGGACGAGAACUUUGACCACGUAAUUGACCUAGACGUGUGUGCCUCUUCAAGAGAAAACCUUGAGAAAGUCGUGAUCGCCCUGCAUGAGGCUUAUCCUAAGCUGGUGCCCAAAAUGCCUUCAGCCAGCGAUCUGGACGCCGCGAUCAACGCAUCUAUGAAUGAAUAUGAGGUUCGGCUAGAUCUGAGUGCCGGAUAUUCUUCGCAGAACAAGAAAGACAAGCAACCAAAAAAGGGAAAGCAGAAUGAAGGCGCCGACCUUGCUCCAGCACUUCUAGCCCGAAAAAUUGAGUACUUUAAAAUCUCUCUGCCUGUCAACGAGGUUUCUAAUACCUUGCACUCCCUCUUCACACCUGAUACGCCCCCAGAAGCCUCUCGCUUAUAUAACCAGCUGGUCAAACAGCGUCGUAUUCAGCCAGCCUUCCAUGUCACUUUGAUCCAUCGCGCCUCAAGAGAAGAAAAGUCUGAUGUUUGGUCGCAUUAUUCGAAGCAAUACAUCGACAAUCUAACGGCCAUGCCGCUCGCUGAACCUGUUCAAAACCCACCUACUCUUACCUUUGCUCGGGUUCGUCUGGAACGUCUUGUGUGGGACAAUCGAAUUAUGGCAUUUGUCGUCCGUAUUCUUCCGGGUGAGGAUGGCUCAACUGAAGAGCAAGCCGAUCUACCUUGUGCCAAUGCCAUUCCUCAUAUCACAAUCGGAACUGCAGCACCUGAUGUGAAACCGAAGGAAAGUAAUGAUCUUCUCAAGCGUUGGCUGGAAGUCGGUUCCGGUGGUGACACUGGUAUCUUUGAAGCUGAAGUCAAGGGUGUCAAGAUGAUUGACGGGAAGGUGGACUUGGCUAUGAUGCGUGGAAAGUACUGA